AUGCCUGUGCGUUUCGAUCGGGGCCAUCGUGACUGGAGGGACAUAUACCUGUUCAGGACGGCAAAGACUAUCCUGCGGCGUUCGCAGUUCCCCCCUCACUAUGGAAACCCGUACAUCUCGGUCAACAAGUCGUUACACGAUCCAGAAUAUCUUAUAGGACGACUAAAGCGCGCCCAAAGGCUUCACAGGAGUACGGAAAACUGGAACAACUAUAAUAUACUCAAGUCUGCCAAUGACGGCCACACGGUCGGAAUCAAAGACAAUAUCCUUACGAGAAACCUGCCGACGACAUGUGCCUCGAGAGUGCUCAAAGGGUUCUGCCCUUCGCAGGAUGCCACGGUCACAAAGUUGCUGGAAAAGGCGGGCAUGCUUGUCCUAGCCAAGACCAACAUGGACGAGUUUGGCAUGGGCUCACACUCGAUGAAUUCUGCGUAUGGGCCAGUGACCAACGGUGAUCCUCGCCGGCAAGGCGCCCUAUCGGUUGGGGGAAGCUCUGGUGGUAGCGCGCUGGCAGUCGCCCUCGAUCUCGCUCACGUUGCAAUCGGCACGGAUACGGGAGGAUCGAUUCGAUUGCCUGCGGCUUACAUGAGCUUGGUCGGUUUCAAGCCGUCCUAUGGUAUGAUUUCGCGAUAUGGUGUGGUGCCCUACGCAAACUCCCUCGACACUGUUGGGAUCAUUGCGAAAUCCGCGGCCGACAUUAGGCUCACGUUCGAUAUCCUCUCUCAACCGGAUGCGAGCGACCCCACAUGCCUGACUACUGGCUCCCGAACGCGGAUCCGAAUGGCGAAGAAUCGUCGCAGGGUAUCGGUCCUGGAGUCCAAGAUCCACUUCACCCCAGCCUUCACUCCUCGAGAAAAGGCUCCUCCGAUAGCGCGAGCUAGGGCGAGGAAUAUGUUUCUCUUCCAACGAAGUUUUGUGCGACGAAUUGGUGUUCCUUUAGAGUAUAAUAUCGCCGAGAUGCAUCCGUUGGUACGCUGGGCCUGGACGGCGACGUUAAGCCAUCUGCAGACGUACGGCUUCGAAAUUGUUCCUAUUUCCCUACCGUCCACGAAGCAUGCACUCUCAUCGUACUACGUUCUUGCUCCCGCCGAAGCUGCUUCCAACCUCGCCAAAUACGACGGUGUUCGCUACGGUGCGCCGCGGACUCGCCCUUCCGAUGAUGAUGAUAAAGCUGGCACUCUUUACUCGGGGUAUCGCCACGACAACCUGGGCCCUGAGGUCCAGAGGAGAAUUCUACUGGGGAAUUACAGCUUGAGCGCUGGUGCAAUGGACAAUUAUUUUAUCCAGGCCCAGAAGAUCCGGCGUAUGGUGCAAAAAGACUUCAGCACUGUUUUCAGAAUGCCACAUGCCUUCCACGAUUAUGCUCCUGUCAAGAACGGAGUGGAUGUGAUCAUCGUGCCCACGGCACCAACUCCUCCUCCGCACAUUCAAUUUUUGAAGGAUGCCAGUCCUGUUGAGUCAUACAUGAAUGAUGUCUUUACCGUCCCAGCCAGUCUGGCGGGCCUUCCAGCAAUAUCUGUGCCUGGACCCCGACAUCCUGAUUUCCCAUGGAAGGCUGAACGGGCAGUCGGGAUACAAGUCAUCGGACAAUACGGGGAUGAUUUCUCAGUCAUAUACUUCGCCCAGAACUUCCUGACCAACUUCCACAAUUUGAAGACUCUGGACCGUCUGCAGCACGAUAAGGUAUUCAAGGAAUUCGGAUCCUCCUAG